AUGAGAAUUGCAUUUCUGGCGUGGGCUUUGUUGGGGUCGUUGGCUUCGGCCACGAUCUUGCAAAAUGGCCAAGUGAAGGAAGAUCCGUACCCCGGACAAGUUCCUCAGAUUGCUCUGGAUGACUCCUGGCACAACUAUGCGCCUGACUCCCCGGAAAUUGCCUACAAAGGCCGAUGGGAUAGUAAACAUAUUUCAUGGUGGUCAGCCCCUGGAAUUAAGCUUCAAUUCUCGGGAAAUAAGCUUGCUAUUAGCUUUGGGCCUUCCACAAGCGAUGGCGUGCUGGUUGCAUACAGACUUGGAUCCCUUGACUGGCAGUUUUCUAAUGUGACUGCUGAUGCCACUUAUCAAUUUAUUGGGCCAUGGACAGAUUUGGCCGAAGAUUUGAUUGAUGUGCCCAAGGAGUUUGAGAUGAGAGUUCAGAUUGCCGGAGUAUCUACUGCUAGCGCGGCCGAACUCACCAUCCCAUCAAGACACGCCAAGAAGGUGGAAGUCAUCGGUGGAUCAAUUGCUUCGGGGCAGUUUGGUUCCUAUGAAACUCUCUCGUCCUGGGGUUACCUCUUCGCAGCUGGCCUGGGAAAUGUUGAAUACACUCUCACUUCAUACGCGGGUGUCUGUCUCGUUGACAACCAAUGUUACAACGGCGAGGCCCACGGAAUGACCUGGUACUGGCACCGCGCAUCAGACCCCGGUAGUCGAUCUCGCGCCUUCUACCCCGAUGAACCAGAGAUCUUCGACAACUCUGCAGAGCAACCCGCCGAUCUCGUCAUCAUCCAACUAGGCGGAAACGACCAUCGCUACCCGAACGAAAUCCCUCCCCGUGAUUUCUACCACGCCUAUGUGAACCUGAUUGAGGAUAUUCACCACACAUGGCCCCAUGCAGUGGUUCUCAUCAUGUCUCAAUGGGGUGUCUGGGAAAAGAAGGGUUUCUCCUACAUUCCGAACAUGGUCUACGAACAAGAGGCCAGGGAGGUUCACCAGCACUUCAAGGAUCGAGGAUUCGUCUACUACUUUGAUACCUCUGGUAUUCUUCAGCACAAUGAUAUCAACCCGAAGAACCACCCGACAGAUGUCGGCCAUAUUAAGCUGGCAAGCCACUUGCUCCAGUGGGCCCGAUUAGUGAUGAGGUGGAACCUCGAGCCGUUGGGAGAGGUUCAGCACGGCACGCUUUAUUGGAACGACCAACAGGAAUACUGA